GCGCCGCAGCCGCCUCCUAGCGGCCGGGGAGGCCGCCGCGCUCCCGCCCAGCCCGCGGCCCAGGCCCGCGCCCGCUGCCGGCGCAGGGAACUACAUUUCCCAGGGCACCCGAGCUGCCCCUUUGUGGCUUCGUGGCUGGACGGCUAGCAAGACCUAGCGUGCCUGCGGGCCGGAGGGCGACCCUCCGGAGGGGAAGGAUGCCGUCGGCGGUGGCCGGAGGCCAGGCAGGGUCCGAGCUCCGUCCCCGGAGGGGCCGCGGUGGGCUGCAGGCUGCUAGGGCCGCGGGCCCGGAGGGGGCCGCAGGGGCUGCAGCGCGGAGCCCCAAACGGCCUGCUCCGGGCACUCGGCUCUUCGAGGAGGCCUGUCGCUGGGCCCUGCUGGCCCUGGUGACGCUGCUGUCCUUCGCCACCCGCUUCCACCGCCUAGACCUGCCGCCUCACGUCUGUUGGGAUGAGACUCACUUUGGAAAAAUGGGAAGUUACUAUAUCAACCGUACCUUUUUCUUUGAUGUGCACCCACCCCUGGGAAAGAUGCUGAUAGGCCUUGCUGGCUACCUGAGUGGAUACAAUGGUACCUUUAUGUUCCAGAAGCCGGGGGACAAAUACGAGCAUCACAACUACAUGGGGAUGAGAGGAUUCUGUGCGUUCCUUGGUUCCUUGCUGAUCCCCUUUGCCUACCUCACUGUCCUGGAGCUGUCCAAGUCCCUCCCGGCAGCACUGCUCAGCGCCGCCCUCCUCACCUUCGACACAGGAUGCCUCACUCUGUCCCAGUACAUCCUCCUUGACCCCAUCCUGAUGUUCUUCAUCAUGGCCGCCAUGCUGAGCAUGGUCAAGUACAACUCCUGUGCUGACAGGCCCUUCUCUGCCCCCUGGUGGUUCUGGCUCAGCCUGACUGGCAUUAAUCUGGCUGGUGCUUUAGGGGUCAAGUUUGUUGGCCUCUUUAUCAUCCUGCAAGUGGGGUGGAACACCGUAUCAGACCUUUGGCACCUGUUUGGAGACCUCAGUCUUUCACUGGUGACUGUGGGAAAACACCUGACUGCGCGCAUCCUGUGCCUCAUUGUGCUGCCGCUGUCUCUCUACACUGCCAUCUAUGCCGUCCACUUCGCGGUGCUGAACCGAAGCGGUCCGGGCGAUGGCUUCUUCAGUUCGGCCUUCCAGGCCCGGCUCUCGGGAAACAACCUUCACAACGCUUCCAUCCCUGAGUACCUGGCCUUCGGCUCGGUGAUCACCGUGAAGAACCUGCGCAUGGCCAUUGGCUAUCUCCACUCCCACAGGCACCUCUAUCCUGAGGGCGUGGGCGCCCGCCAGCAGCAGGUCACCACCUAUUUGCAUAAGGACUACAACAAUCUGUGGAUUAUCAAGAAACAUAAUACAAACUCAGAUCCCCUGGACCCUUCGAUCCCCGUGGAGUUUGUAAGGCAUGGAGACAUCGUUCGACUGGAACAUAGAGAGACUUCUCGGAACUUGCACAGCCACUAUCAUGAGGCCCCCCUGACCCGGAAGCACUACCAGGUCACUGGCUAUGGCAUAAAUGGCACAGGGGACUCAAAUGAUUUCUGGCGGAUUGAGGUUAUGAACAGAAAAUUUGGAAACCGGAUCAAAGUGCUGAGAAGUCAAAUUCGCUUCAUUCACCUGGUCACAGGUUGUGUCCUGGGCUCCUCGGGAAAGGUUCUGCCCAAGUGGGGCUGGGAGCAGCUGGAAGUGACGUGCUCUCCAUACCUGAAGGAGACCCUCAGCUCCCUCUGGAAUGUGGAGGACCACAUCAAUCCCAAAUUGCCCAACAUCAGCCUGGACGUGCUGCAGCCCAGUUUCCCCGAGAUCUUGCUGGAGUCCCACAUGGUGAUGAUCCGGGGGAACAGUGGCCUCAAGCCCAAGGACAACGAAUUCACAUCCAAACCUUGGCACUGGCCUAUCAACUACCAGGGCCUGCGCUUCUCAGGGGUCAAUGACACGGACUUCCGAGUGUACCUGCUGGGCAACCCGGUGGUCUGGUGGCUGAAUCUGCUGAGCAUCGCCCUCUACCUCUUCUCAGGGAGCAUCAUGGCUGUCGCCCUGCAGAGAGGGGCACAUCUGCCGGCCGAGGUUGAAGGGCUCUCCCAGGUCCUGCUGCGAGGAGGUGGCCAGCUGCUGCUGGGCUGGGCGCUCCACUACUUCCCAUUCUUCCUGAUGGGCCGGGUCCUCUACUUCCACCACUACUUCCCAGCCAUGCUGUUCUCCAGCAUGCUGACAGGCGUUCUGUGGGACACUCUGCUGCGGCUCUGUGCCUGGAGCCUGGCUUCCUCUUUGGCCAGUGGUGUCCAUGUGGUGGGAGUCCUGAGCCUGCUCCUGGGAACUGCCUACAGCUUCUACCUCUUCCACCCUCUCGCCUACGGGAUGGUUGGUCCCCUAGCCCAGGACCCCCGGAGUCCGAUGGCAGGACUAAGGUGGCUGGAAUCAUGGGACUUUUGAAGCCACUGCAAGGACUCAGUCCAGGAACUUUGGAGACAGCCAGCUGUGGAGCCGGCCCCUGCACCCUGCCAGCUGUGGCGGAAGCUGCCUGAGGAGCCUGAGGAGCUGGUGCCUGCUUGGACCAAGUCCCAGGGCAAACCCAGAACUUCACCCAACGCUAGAGAGCCUGGCUCUGUGCAGAUCCGCCGGGGAUGGCCCCGCCACGGAGGACACCUCUCAGCCCGCUUCCGCGUGUGCGGCAGGAGGGA